AUGCGAAGUCCACAAUGGAAAAAGAAUGAAUUUCGUUCUUCCUUGACGAAAAAAAUCAAACAUCAACAACUAUGUUUCAAACUUAACAACCUUGAAUCCAAUUCAACUACUACAUGCUUGGCUCACGGAACGUUAGAUUUGUACGCCAUGUUACCGCAUGAAAUUUAUGAUACCAACAGUUAUGAAGAACUAUGUAAACUGAGGCAUACCAAUGUCCUUUAUGAUGAUUGGAUCCUUUUGGAAAAAAACGGUCUUCCUAUAAUUUACUUACAUGUUAUUUUAUCCGUAGAACCAACAAAAUAUCCGGAAGAGUCAUGUUUCGAUUCUUUAAGUACUUUUCGUUAUGUAAGCGAAACCAAAGAAAUUCAUGAAAUUUAUUCACACGAUAUGUAUGAAAAAGAUGGGGAUUCCCAAAAAUGGAACUUUCGAAACUUAAAUGCUAGUGGCACUGAAGAAAGCAAUAUCCAAAAGCACCGUUUUUCCAUAUGUUGUCAAACACGCACUAUUCCGGAUGUUUCACUUUCUGCUCAAACGAAUUAUCUUCAAAUCAAACCAAUUGCAACAAAAGAUUUGUCGUUAGAUUUUAAAGCUGAAUGGGAAACUGAUAAUCGUCCUUUCAAUGACAACAUGAAUUGUCCUUCAGUCGAAAAUGUAAAACAACGAUUGUUGGAAACAUGUAAUACUAUAGAAAAUUCGCCAAAAAAAUUACUGCCUUCUACACAUGAAUCGGAAUCUAAUAUGAAAGUAAAAGAACCUCCAGAAUAUGAAUAUCCACUCAAUGAGCCCUCGAUACAGUGGCAAACAAAAAAAAUCGAUAGACUACAGAAAAGGAAUUCACGUAAUAAAGUUAUUUCAUCCAAUUUAAACAGGUUUUUAAAUGAUGGCUUUCAUCGCGCUGUGCCACACGGUAACAAAUUGGUUCAACCCCAAAUUGUUACCGAGAAUCCUGAAAAUUUACAUAAAUAUAAAGAGGACAGUUCAAAAUUAAACCCUAGUAUCAAAAAAGCAUGCGUUUCAGAUGUCGUUGAUAAUGAGACAUUAGAGAAAAAUGAGAAUUCUUCUUGUCCUCACGAAUUGAGCACUUCAGCUAACUCUUUGAACUUUUCAGCUAACAUUCAUGAUACUAUUGAGCGUUUAAUGCUAAUAUUUCCUAUUCUUUCCUUCGAAGAAGCGUCCGAGGUUGUACAACGUCAUCGAUUUUUACAAACAUCAGUUUCUAAACAAAGACAUCAAACAAUGACUCUUCAAAAUGAGUUACACUCUCUCUUAAUUUACAAGUUGAAACUCUCUCUCCCUCUGCAGAAACCGUUAAGGUAG